UUUGCAUUCUACCUCAUUCUUUCUCUCCUAUAACAUGGCCUCUGACAUAGUCCUUCUUGCUGCUGUCUCUGUGUUAUCUGCCUGCCAGCAAGCAUAUUUUGCCAACCUGGUAGGAAAAUCCAGAAUAAAGCACAAGGUGAUACCUCCAGCUGUCAGUGGACACCCAGAGUUUGAGAGAACCUUCAGAGCACAACAAAACUGUAUUGAAUUCUAUGCAAUGUUUUUGGUCGAUCUUUGGGCUGCAGGCUGGUUCUUUAAUCAAGAAUUAGCCUCACUGUUUGGUUUACUAUACAUCUACGGACGGCACCUCUACUUUUAUGGAUAUGUUCAAUCUGUUAAGGGCAGGCUAAAGGGAUUCUCUGUAAGCAAGAUGGCACUGAUUCUGCUCCUGAUCAUGUCCGUGACGGGAAUCACUAACAGUCUCCUGGACAAAUAUAUCCACCUCAACCUGCUGACUAAAAUACGUCACAUUGUACUAGGAUAAGGGGGGAGGCUAACAUGAUGGCUUUAUAUAAUCAUUUUUGGAAUUUUAGACAAUUUUAGAAUAUGUUAUGCAUGUGCUGACUUUUCUACUGAGACAUCUGGUAUGGCAUUUGGCAAUUUUGGUGUCCUUUGCCUUCUGUAAUUUUGCCUGCUAUUUUGUAUGCAGGGUCCUCUGUGGCAAGGCUUGAUAAACAGGUAGGUUAUGACUGAUCCUGGAGUCACAGUGCUCAUCACUCUUAUGUACAAUGGCACUUGGAUAUAGACAGAACAAGAGGGAAAUAUGGAAAAUAUAUAGCUUUAUAACCAAAGAGAAAAAAGGAGGACCUUGUGAAAUUGUAGUCUACCUCAUGGUGAUGGCAUUUACUCAUAAUUGGUAUAUACGUCACAAAACUAAAAAUCUAAUAUGUGCUAGUGGUUAUACCACACGUUAGGGAAAUAUGUGACUCAAAGCAUGAAAUGAGCCAAUGUUAUUAAUAGUUUCACAUUAAAAUGCAUUUAAUUAGGCUUCCAUGGGUAUAGACUAAGACAGGGAUGCUCAAACUGCGGCCCUCCAGUUGUUGUAAAACUACAACUCCCACCACGUCCUACUGUAGGUUGAUAGCUGUAAGCUGUUCAGGCAUGCUGGGAGUUGUAGUUUUGCAACAGCUGGAUGGCCGCAGGUUGAGCAUGCCUGGCCUAAGAGAAGUAUGAAAAUGUUAUAGAGCAGAGGUAAAACUACCUGAAGGAUCCUUGGAAAUCUGGAGGCAAAUAAAAUUAGCUCAAGUAAUUGUAGCUGUAAAUACACUACUGUCAGUCGAAUGUGUUCCUCUUCCCAUAAUGGGAGUUAUUGUAUUAGCCUGUGUUCACGUCAUGUUUUUGUACCACACCUAUGGGAUCACCGCUAAUC